CAGGAGGCGGUGGUCCAUCCACCAUGGAUUACCAACCAUACCACUUUAGCCAUAACCAGCCGCUGCAAACUCACUCUGAAGUUAAAUAUUACACACCUGCUGUUGACAUUACAUGGUCAAGUCAAGAAGGAAGUACGGUCCACAGUUUGUCUUCACUCCUAUAGCCUAGUUUAACUCGGACCCAUGGCUGUGCAAGGAUCCACCCCACUGCUGCGGCUAUACCGACACCGCCUCGGAUUCUUGGGGUUCCGGCAACUCCUGCACGGCACAUGGAGAACCUGCAGCCCACGCGGGCUCCUGUCCUGCCGUUCCCUUCACGUGGAAGGGCCACCUCAUGUCCCCUCAGUGACCAGCAGCUGCGUCCACGGAACGUCCUCCACGUCGCUGGUCUACUCCACCAUCGGACAGUGCCUGCAGGCGGCGGCUCGCCGCUGGCCGGACCGCGAAGCUGUGGUAUUCCCGCAGGAAGGAGUUCGGAAAACCUUCGCCCAGUUUCAGGAAGAUGUGGACAAGACAGCGGCCGGACUCUUCGCUCUGGGCCUGAACCGAGGGGACCGGCUUGGGGUGUGGGGCCCCAACACGUACGAGUGGAUCCUGUACCAGUACGCCACGGCCAAGGCGGGCAUCAUCAUGGUGUCAGUGAACCCAGCCUAUCAGUUGAAUGAGCUGGAGUAUACCAUGAGAAAGGUCAAGUGCAACGCAGUGGUCUGUCCUACCCGGUUUAAAACCCAGGAGUUCUGCCAGAUGCUGAGAGAAAUCUGCCCGGAGAUAAACACAGCUGCCUCUGGAAGAAUCCAAAGCUCAAGGCUCCCAGACCUGCGGAUGGUGAUCGUCACGGACAGCAGACAGCCGGGGAUGCUCCAUGUAGAAGACGUGCUGCAGGCAGGGGAGAGCUCUCACCAUAAGCAGCUCCAGGAUCUGCAGAGCAAGCUGUCCUUCGACGACCCCAUCAACAUCCAGUUUACUUCGGGCACAACAGGAAGUCCAAAAGGAGCCACGCUGAGCCAUCACAAUAUCAUCAACAACGCCUUUUUCGUGGGUCAGCGCAUUGGUUAUGGAUGGAGGCCGAGUGUGCGGCUGUGCCUGCCGGUACCGCUGUACCACUGCUUCGGCUCGGUGCUGGGAGGGAUGUGCUUAGCCACGCACGGGAUCACGCUGGUCUUCCCGUCCGCCGGCUUCAACAGCCGUGCCAACCUGCAGGCCAUCCAGGACGAGAGGUGUAACUUCCUGUACGGAACACCCACGAUGUUCAUCGACAUGCUCAGCCAACCUGACCUCCAGCAAUUCGACCUUUCAUCAGUAGAAGCCGGAAUCAUGGCUGGAUCCCCCUGUCCUCCAGAGAUUAUGAGGAAACUUAAAGUGGAUCUGAACAUUCAAGAAAUGACGAUAGCCUACGGGACCACCGAGACCAGCCCGGUCACGUUCCUGGGGUUCCCGUCCGACCGAGAGGAGUUGAAGAUCAACACCAUCGGAUGCAUCAUGGACCACACCGAGGCGAAGGUGGUGGACCCCUCUACAGAAGAGAUGGUUCCUCUGGGGGAGUCCGGGGAGCUUCUCAUCAGGGGGUACUGCGUGAUGCUGGGGUACUGGGACGACCUCAAAAAGACCUCAGAGGUCAUCUCUCCCAGCCGCUGGUACAAGACCGGAGACAUCGCCAGUCUGAACAGUUUGGGCUACUGCCGUAUAGAGGGACGCAUCAAAGACCUGAUCAUCCGAGGAGGGGAGAACAUCUACCCCGCAGAGAUUGAACAGUUUCUCCACACGCAUCCCAAAGUACAAGAUGCGCAGGUGAUAGGCGUGAAAGACGAGAGGCUGGGCGAGCAGGUGUGUGCCUGCAUCAAGCUGAAGGACGGCCAGACAUCGAGUGUGGAGGAGAUUAGAGACUUCUGCAAGGGGCAGAUCGCUCAUUUCAAGAUCCCCCACUAUGUGAUGUUUGUUAAUAGCUUUCCUUUGACCGUCUCUGGAAAGAUCAAGAAGAACAAUUUGCGAGAGGAGAUUGAGAAGAAGCUGGAUAUGAAGCAGAAAGUCUGAUUGGAUGGAACACUAGAAGGACACCACUGGUGAAAUUCACAAAAGUGCUUCUUAAGAUGCAUGUAAGAAAAAGCAAUAUCAAGUCCAUACGAAUAUCCACAACUGCCAAUAGUUUUGUAAAAAUCGAGUUACUAUGUUUAGUCACUUUACCAUAGCACUCAAAUGUCAUUAAGGAACAAAUGUCAAGUCAGUCAAAAAGGACCAUGGCUCAGGCUGACAACAUGAAUGCAUCCAUUUUAAAAAAGCAAGACAUACACCUCUAUAUCCUCAAAUUAAUCACUACACUUUUUCACUCCCGAUAUAUUUGUUACAUAUUUUUCAAUAAAAAAAAAUAGUGAUUCAACCAAAAAUA